UGAGUGUUGCUCUAGACUAACGUCUACUAAUGUCUUUCGACCUUGACGCAUUUGAUGCUUAACCAUGAGUGCUACUAAUUAAUUUAAAUUAUUAUACUAAGUCUGAUCUGCAUAACAUCAUCCUCGUACAAAAUUUAAGAAUUUUCUUAGUAAAAUAUAAAAAUGUCAAAUCCAAUAACACGGACCAAAAAUGGCCUACAAAUAAGCUAUGAACGUUCAGAUGGUGAGCAAGGCCAGUUCAAAAUGCUCUCUUCCAGGAGUGAAAUGUUGUGGACUAUUAAUAAUUUCAGAUCUCUCAUGAAUCGAGAAUAUCCUAUUUCAUCACCAAUUUUUUAUGAAACUUUCGAAGAGGUCCUUGGCUUGCAACUUUGCUUAUGUCCAUUCAACCAUACAAGUAAUAAAGAAUAUUUCUCUCUUUACCUUUUUUUGUACAAUUAUGACUUCGAGCAGAAGAAACAAUUAAGUUACCAAAUACACAUUAUUGAUAGUCAAGGCAAAAUAUUUUCAUCAGUGUUUGAGAAAGCAAGUAAACUUGUGUUAAGUAGUGCAAGUGAAAAAGGAAGACAUAUAUAUACCAUUGAAACAUUGUUUAUUCAAAAAAAUGACAUUCUCGAUGAACAGAACGGACUACUUAUUGAUGAUAAAUUUACUAUCAAUUUUUCAAUAGAUAUUGUAAAUACAACUGUUCAGAAAAUUCAGAAUUACAAUGCAUUGUCAAAAGAUUUAGAGCAAUUAGUUGAAAGUAAUACAUUCAGUGACGUUGUGCUUGUUAUUUCUAACAUUGAAAUUCCAGCUCACAAAAGUAUUUUGGCAGCACGAAGCUCAGUUUUUAAUGCCAUCUUUACUCACAAUACGAAGGAAAAUAUUGCAGAUAAAAUUAUAAUUAAAAACAUGAAGCUUGAAAUAUUUAGAGAAUUUUUACGCUUUCUAUACACUGGAAGUAUUGAUAUGAAAUUGGAACAAGUUCAUGAGAUUUUAGCUGCAGCUGAUCAGUAUGCAGUCAAUUGUUUAAAAACUGUAUGUGAGAGAAGAUUAUUGUCUGAAAUGAAAAUUGAAAAUGUUAUUGAAUUUCUACUUAUAGCUGAUAAAUACAAUGUUAAAGAUCUAAAAGACGAAGCUAUAGGUUUUAUUACUGAACAUUCUCAUGAAGUUAUAAAUUUGCCAGAAUUUGUAAUUUUGAGCAAACCUGAAAAUAUAAAUUUGUUGGCAGAAGCAUUUAAAGCACUAGCUUUAAAAGUAAACUAAGUUUAAUAAUAUUAGUAUUCAAACUUCCAGUUCAUAUAAAACUAUACCAUUUAAUGAUUUAAGAAAUUGUAAUCAUUUUUUAAUUUUUUAUCUUUUUUUAGAUCAAUACCAACACAGUAUAUAUUUUCAGUUUUAUAAAUCAACAUAAUAAUAGAUAUAACUCAUGCAAUCACCAUCUCUGAAAAAUAAAUAUAAGUAUUUAAAGUGAUCAACUAUUGAUAUAUAAGUUGCAAAUGUUUUUGAUAGAUUUUCAUUUAUUUUUGUAAAACAAUUUUGAUACUAUAUAAUAUUAUAUUCGUUAAUUUAAUAAAAAAAUAAUCAAAGUUGAUUUGAGUGAUACCAGGAAGAAAAUAGUUCUUUAAAGUAUUUUGAUAUAUCACAUUCAAUCUUAUUAACAUUGUGUACAAAAUGAUAAUUUAAUAUUUAAUUUGAAAUAUUUCAUAAACUUUCAAAAGUACUAAAGAUUUAAAUCUAUUUUCAAAUUCAACAAUAUUAUUCUCAUUAAUGCUAAUAAGCUGAUUAUUAUGAAGCAGAUUUAUUGCAAUUGAGCUUUAAAAAUUGUUAUUUUAAAUAUGCCAAUAGUUAUAAAAUAGAUCAUCAUAAAUUUUGUUACCCAUUUCAAAUCGUAUAUUUUUUGAAACCAUCAUGUUUAAUUAUUGUUUUCAUAAGUAUAAAGGUACUUUUUGAAUUAUAUGUAUGUAUAAUAUAUAUUAUUCAUUUAUAAGAAUUUAAUUUGUAUAAAUGAAUUAUGUAUAAAGAUACUUAAUUAUAAUUAUUAUUGAUUUAUUUACAAAUUACUCUAUAUAUUUUACACUAUUUGAAAAAACCAGUAUUUUUCAUUACAAAAUAGUUGAACUUACAGCUACUCCCUACAUUUGAAUUUUAGGAAUGAAGGAAAUAGGCUUCUAAUUUAGAACAAUUGAUUGCUCUAGGGUCUACUUGCAAGAUAAUUAAAAUUUUUUUUAGAUUCUAAGUUUUUGAAUAAAGAUUUGAUAUGUAUAUUACUUUUGUUUUAUUAAUUAACGAUUAAAGUAAAAUAAACAUCUACUCAACAUGA